AUGGACACGUGGAAAUUCUGCUGUGUCUUAAUUCUUCUGUCAGCAACAGACAUCAAUGCCGACCAUCCUUUUGUAACGGACUGUAGGGAUCAUGACCAAAUAGACUGCUACAAAAUCCGAGGAACUGCGGAAUGUCGCGAGGAGUGGGUGUACGAGUUCUGUCCCUUGUCGUGUGGUAUCUGUGGAUUGUUGAAGCCCGACUCCAACAAAUGUGUGGAUCACAACAGAGAAUGUGAUAGCAUCCAAAGCAGUGAUCACAAAAGCUGUAAGGACAUCGUCAUCAAGGAAGUGUGUCCAAAAUCAUGUGGAGUUUGUGGACAUCAUAAGCAUACACAUCCUCCACAUCUGUUGAAAACAACUGCUAAAGCGACAUCUAAACCGCCCACCACGACGCCUAUUCCAACUUCCGAUAAAACCACCAUCAAUCCAUCGACAGCAACAGACAUCAAUGCCGAACAUCCUUUUGUAACGGACUGUAAGGAUCAUGACCAAGUAGACUGCUACAAAAUCCGAGGAACUGCGGAAUGUCGCGAGGAGUGGGUGUACGAGUUCUGUCCCUUGUCGUGUGGUAUCUGUGGAUUGUUGAAGCCCGACUCCAACAAAUGUGUGGAUCACAACAGAGAAUGUGAUAGCAUCCAAAGCAGUGAUCACAAAAGCUGUAAGGACAUCGUCAUCAAGGAAGUGUGUCCAAAAUCAUGUGGAGUUUGUGGACAUCAUAAGCAUACACAUCCUCCACAUCUGUUGAAAACAACUGCUAAAGCGACAUCUAAACCGCCCACCACGACGCCUAUUCCAACUUCCGAUAAAACCACCAUCAAUCCAUCGACAGCUCGUUGCCAGGUUUGUAAUGACCCGUUUUGUCUCAUCGGGUUCGCAAACAUCAACUAUUGUCGCCAAGAUACGCCAUAUUGCCUGAGUUCCGUAAGUUUUGAUGCAAACGGAAAGAGAAGACUUGAUAAAAGGUGUGCCAGCGUUCAAGAAUGUGACGAAAAAUGGAUCAACCGGUCAGCUAAAAUGACGAAAUGUCUUGAAUUGGACAAAAUGACAACUUAUCAGACGAACUUGGAAUGUGACUUUUGCUGUGUGACAGAUAACUGUAAUGCACAUACAUUACCAAAUAAGGAUACGUUAUAUACCAAACAAUAA